GUCCUAGGUACAAAUCACCUCAGGACAACAGCAGUGGCAUGCACAAAGGAGAGAAUGAAACUUGGCAAACUCUCAGGAUUCGUGGAAAGCGAUUCGAACAGAGAAUCCGGGGUGGGGGGAUUGUCUCUGUGCUGCAGAAGGUAAGACGUUUCACGACCACCACCACAUACGGGCAGAAGCUGGUAGUACCUGCCCCAGGUGGUGAUAGGGCAUUCGGCUUCAUCCUCACCCUCUGGCCUUCUCCUGUGGGUUAUCUGCGAUGGAAAUCUAAAUACAGGUAAAGAUGAUAACAAUUAAUUAUAGCAACGAUGGAGUCUGCCUCAUGACUUUGCCGGGUCUCGCCUCGGCCCGACUUUGCAGCGGUGGAGGGACGCGCUCCAUGGGUGCUCCUCUUUCCUCCCCAUCUCUCACCCAAAGCCCGUAACUCCUGACAGCGUUGCUCGCAGCUUUCUCCCCCUCGCCCUGGUAACCGCUGCCGGGCUGCGGGCGGGAGGACGUGCGGGGCCGCCCGUCCCUGGUUCCGUAUUGCCCGUUCCGGGAGGUCCCGCCCCAGCCCUGCGGGGAGGCUCCGGCCCAGGCGCGGAGGGGCGGGAGGGGACUCGCCCCCCGCCCGGGGCCUGUGGUGGGGCCGCUGGAUAAAGCGGUGCUGGGCCGCCCGCCUACCGCCAUAGGGGCGGCCGGGACGGGCCCAGGGGGGCGCCCGGCCAUGGCGAGCCCCGCACGGCCGCGGCAGGAGCUGGUAGCGGAGGAGAAGCGGCUGCGCGUCUCGGCCCCGCCGCUGCCCCGCGACAUCGAGCGGGAAGUGGCCGGAGAGCGGUCAGUGCUGCUGGAGCCGCGGCAAAGCGGGAGGCCGACGGUCCCCAGCCCCGGCGAGCCGCGGGAGGAGGAAGAUGAGGAGGAAGAGGAGGAGGAGGCAGCGGCGGGCGAAGGUUGCUGCAGCAAGUGCAAGAAGCGGGUGCAGUUCGCCGACUCGCUGGGGCUGAGCCUCGCCAGCGUCAAGCAUUUCAGCGAGGUGGAGGAGCCGCAGGUGCCCCCCGCGGCGCUGUCCCGCCUGCAGAGUCCGCCCGCCGAGGAGCGGGACACGCCGCCGGGCCAGGACGCUCCAGCGCCGCCCGCCUUCUGCCUGCUGCCCGAGUUCCCCGACAGCGGGGAGCCCAGCGCCGAGCGGCUGCGGCGGCAGCGCGUCUGCCUGGAGCGGCUGGGGCGGCCUUCGGCCCCGACCGACGUGCGGGGCACGGUGCAGGUGCUCGGGUGUCCCGGCCCCAAGGAGGUGACAGUGCGGUAUACCUUCAACGAGUGGCAUUCCUUCGUAGACGUUCCGGCAGUCCCCCUGCCCUCGGCCCCGCUGCCUGUGGGAGACUCUCCGGCCGAGCGCUACUGCUUCAGUCUGUGCGUCCCGCCGAGCCUGAGGGAAGGCUCGGCCCUUCACUUCGCCAUCCGCUACAGGAGCCCGCACGGAGAGUCCUGGGACAACAAUGGUGGCCGCAACUACACCCUGAGAUGCUGCGGCUUACUCGCGGUCAGCCCUGUGCCCUCCGCCCCGCCGAGCCCGGCUGCACCCCGGUAUUGAUGUCCCUGCAACCAGCCGUCCGUUGGAAGGGAGGGCCAAGGCACCUGUCCCGGAGACUACCUGAAAUCUGGUGGUCUUUAAGCAGUUGCUUUGGUUUCACUAGUGAAAGGUGGAUGUGUGUAGACUCGCGUUGCUGUGGCUUGUGGAACUGGUUUCUGUUUGGUUUUGGAGAGAAGAAGGAGACUGUGUAGCAGGGGCUUUGCCUUUCCCCUCUUGAAGUGAAUUUUGAGGUCUUGGUUUGGGUGUGACUUAACCUGAUCAUCAAGAGAUGCACAAGGAACUUGUGUGAAAGCUCACUUUGCCACAGAUUGAACUUUUAGGAUCCUACUUUCCCCUCUCACAUUGAGGGCUGUGACAGCAAUUGUUCUUUUUGUUCUUUUUUUGUUACUACUUUUCAGUUCACUGAAGUGUCAUAACAUUCACUGCUGUGAACACAUCAGACUUGUGACAGGCAUGUGUGCCCAUCCCACCUUUGCCAUGCCGGUGAUGUCUCCAGACAUCAGGCAUGCAGCUUGUUUUGGGGCUGGAUCUGGAGGUUAACUGGGCUGCUCUGGUUUCUGUCAUUCGGCACACUUCCAUACUGCUUCCUGCCUUCCCCAGGCUUGGGUCUGGCUAAGAGAAGCCAACAGGGACUUGUGCAAAAGUGCUUUUGCUUAAAAUAGACUGGUGACUUCUUUUCACACGACUGAUGAUUCUGACACCAGGAUGAAGGAAGAGUUAAAGGACUUGUGAUGGUGGUCGAUCAGGAGAACUUUGGUACUACCCACUUGCACACUGUGAAGUCAAAACUGGUGCCUGUCUCACCCAGAGUUCAGUAUUCCCUAAUGUGGGGAGCAGGGACUAAGCUAUCUGGACGAACUUCUCACCAAGGAGUGGCAAUGCAGAGAGGCUGUCCUCAGUACGGAAGGAAAACAAGUGCCUUAGUUCAGCUCUCUGGUUACGUUUUGCACCACAUUUCUCAAGUAUCUAUAAUUUAUUUGUCUUCUUUUGCUACUUUGUGUUCAGUGUUUGUAUCUUGCUGGGGAAGGGGUUUGUUGUGCACACAGAUGGACUUGAGAUGAUUUCUAGUCUAUUACCUUGCGAGUCUGAAGGUUACUGCUGGUGUCCCAAGUCCUGAAAUGAAGCAGAAAGUGCCAAUGCAAAUAAGUUUGUAAUAAUAAUUAAAAACUAAAAGCUUCAAAAAGUCA